AUGAAGGGUCUUCUCAAGAAAUCCAAGUCAAGCAAGCCGUCCGAGCUCCUCAAGAACACUCGUGAGCUUCUCAUCUUCCUCAAUGCCGAUAAGGACGUCCGCGAGCAGAAGUGCAAGGAGAAGAUGGAAGAAUUAACAAAAUCAAUGUUGGAGAUUAGAACACUUCUGUAUGGGAAUGGUGAAUCAGAGCCGAAUAAAGACACUUGUGCACAGCUUACUCAGGAAUUUUUCAGAGAGGAUAUGUUCCGCCUUCUCAUCGCUAGCCUUUCAAAGCUGAACCUAGAGACUCGUAAAAACGCAACGCAUAUUAUUGCAAAUCUGCAAAGGCAACAGGUUCAAUCGCGAUUGAUUGCUUCCGAAUAUUUGGAGAAAAAUAUUGAUAUUAUGGAUCUUCUGAUACCUGGUUACGAAGAAGGUGAUAUUGCUCUGUCUUAUGGUGCAAUUUUAAGGGAAUGCAUUCGUCAUCAGGUUGUUGCAAGGUACGUCCUGGAAUCAAACCACAUGAAAAAGUUCUUUGAUUAUAUACAAAUUCCAAAUUUUGAAAUAGCAUCGGAUGCUGCAGCCACCUUCAAGGAGCUUAUGACCAGGCAUAAAUCCACUGUUGCACAAUUUCUGUCAAAUAAUUAUGUCUGGUUUUUCCAAGAAUAUAAUUCGCAGUUACUGGAGUCUCAGAAUUACAUCACCAAACGGCAGGCUGUCAAACUGCUAGGAAAUAUGUUACUGGAUCGCUCAAACUCCGAUGUGAUGGUUCGAUACGUUUGCUCUUUGGAUAACAUGAGAAUCCUCAUGAACCUUCUCAGGGAUCCAAACAAGACGAUCCAAUUAGAGACCUUUCAUGUCUUCAAGCUAUUUGUUGCAAACGAAAAUAAGCCUCCUGAGAUUGCUAAUGUACUAGUAACAAAUAGGAGCAAGCUUCUCCGUUUCUUUGGCGACUUCAACAUUGAGAAAGAGGAUAUGCAGUUUGAAGCAGACAAAGCUGAACUCAUUAAAGAAAUCUCUAUUCUUGAACCCAAGGACAUUAAGGACUUCUCUUCAGUCCUGAGCUUUAGAGAGCAUUGUCAGAUUGCAUGUUAA